AUGCCAUUGCACUUUAGUAUAAAAUCAUAUACUUGUCCUAUAAUUUAUUUAUUGGAAGAUGUUCAAGCCAAUCAAAAUCCCUACACCGUAGAUUUCCCAGCCAAUCAAAAUCCCUAUACCCAAGCCUUCCCAGCCCAUCAAAAUCCCUAUACCAAAGCCUUCCCAGUGCAUCAAAAUCCCUAUACCGCAGCAUUCCCAGCCCAUCAAAGUCCCUAUACCGUAGCCUUCCCAGCCCAUCAAAAUCCCUACAUCCCAGCCUUCCAAGCCCAUAAAGAUUCCUUUACCGCAGCCUUCCCAGCCCAUCAAAGUCCCUAUACCCUGGUCUUCCCAGCCCAUCAAAAUCCCUUUACCGCAGCCUUCCUAGCCCAUCACAAUCCCAAUACCCCGCCCUCCCAGUCCAUCAAAAUCCCUACACCUCAGGCUUCCCAGCCCAUCAAAAUCCCUUUACCGCAGCCUUCCUAG